UCAGUCUCUUCCGCUUACCGGCUGCGGUGACGUUACAGCUGCAGUACAGGGCGGGGCUGCGUCUGGGGCCUCGCCUCCUGGAGUAGAGGACACAGCAGCAGCAGCACUGACCGGCAGCCGCGGUGACCGACCAGCAUCACAAAAAUGGGAAACGUCCAACCUACAGUUGUGCCCUACGACGAUUUCGAUGUUGUGGCCGACAUCAAGGCCAUCCGUAAAGCCUGCAAGGGCUUCGGGACGGAUGAAGAAGCCAUAAUUAACAUCUUAGCGAAUCGCUGUUCAGCUCAGCGUCUAGAGAUCAAGCAGGCGUAUUUCGAGAAGUAUGAUGAUGAGCUGGAGGAGGUGCUGAAGAAGGAGCUGACGGGCAGCUUUGAGAACGCCGUCAUCGCCAUGCUGGACCCUCCGCACGUCUACAUGGCCAAGGAGCUGAGGAAGGCUAUGAAAGGAGCUGGGACCAAUGAGGACGUCCUGGUGGAGAUCCUGUGCACCAGCCCCAAUCAGGAUAUUUUAAAUUAUCAAGAAGCUUAUGCCCAGGUGCAUGAGAGAGAUCUGGAGGCAGACAUUGAAGGAGACACCAGUGGGGACGUGAGGAACCUGAUGGUCGCACUCCUGCAGGCCAAUCGGGAUGAAACCUACGAGGUGGAUGAGGAGCUGGCAGAACAAGACGCCGCGUCUCUGAUCGAGGCUGGUGAGGGCCGCUUUGGCACCGAUGAAUCAACCUUCACUUACAUCCUCACGCACAGGAACUACCUGCAGCUGCAGGCGACUUUCAAGAUCUACGAGUCGCUGUCUGGGACAGAGAUCUUGGAUGCCAUCGACAGCGAAGCGACCGGGACCCUGAAGGACUGCUACAUCACUCUGGUGAGGUGCGCAAAGAACCCGCAGCUGUACUUCGCCCGCCGUCUGAAUGCUGCCAUGAAGGGCGCGGGCACGGACGAGGACACCCUGAUCCGCAUCAUCGUGGGCCGCUCUGAGAUUGACCUGGAGACGAUCAAGGACAUGUACCUGGAGAAAUACGACGUUCCUCUGAAGGAGGCCCUCAACUCCGAGUGCGGGGGAGACUUCAAACGGCUCCUCCUGGAGAUCUUGCACUGAGAUGCUGCGGCACAGCACCGCCUACUGGCCAGCAAUGGGUACUGCUGCAAGGAUAGCCAAGUGAACUAACCCUCACUCACAAACACCACUGUCCUCAGAGAGAGCAAUUCAGCCCAAGGAACCUUCCCCAGUAAAGGGAUUAUUUGACAUGUAUCUUAAAAUUAUUUUAUUUAUGUUUUAUUUUUUGCAUGAAAAUACCUACACAAAAAUUGAGUUGGGGGAGCUGGAAUGUGUAGUACGUUGUUUUGCCAGUUUAGCUUUUUAUUUAGAAAUUUUUUCUUUGCUUUCUUUAUCAAAAAAAAUUGUUGGGCCCCAGGUUGAUACAUCUACAAUAUAAGUAGACCCUUAGUCAGCCAUGUAUCAAGUGAGUUUUUGGGUAAAAUGUUCUCUCUCCCCUCCCAAAAAAAAUGUUUAAAAAUUGUGGUCUUACAAUCACAGAAUAGGCAAUUAUUAGGGAUGGGGAAAAAUACUUAAGUAUUUUUCUAAACGCCUUCCAAAUAAAAUAAAUGUAUGUAUAAAUUACAAUCAAAAUGGCGGACGUGCAGGUUGCAUUGCAGAUGGCACAGGCAUAACCCAUACAAAACGGGUAGGAAACCUGUAUAAUAUACGAAAUACAAACACGCAAAUACAUCUUGCAGGUGUGUGUAUUUGAAAUCACUGCCCACUCUCUUGCUGAUAGCUGAUCUAGUCACCGUCGGGCGAACUGAGGUUAUACUGCCAGCAUUCAGUGCCACUGUUCAUUUCCUGUAGCGUUAGUGAUGCCUUAGGAAAAACAUAUGUGUUCGAUUCCUUCUGUCUGGUAAUCGAGACGACUGAAGUGCCGGAAAGGUGGAGACCCUUUUGGGGAACACCCCCCCCACCCCCACCCCCCCUCCACCCCCCACCCCCAUGUGUGUUAUCUCACUGUGCAGCAUACACCCCAAACUUUGUGGGUCACCUUGGCUUAGGAUGCAAUCACUAUCCAUCCACUUGUCAUUUUCUAAAUGAAAUCCAAACUUUAUACAUUUUCAGUGUACUGACAGACAGUCCUUAAAUGUAACUCUUAUAUGUCCAGUAUGAACCCAGUAUCUGCCUUGUCAUGCAUGCCCAUUGCAUCAGAUAUAUCCCAAUAUUUGCUUCAUUACUCCAUAUAGAAAGCUAUAUAAAAAUAAUAAUAAUAUCCAGUGUAUUAAACGUAUUAACGUGUACUGUGUGAUUGAUGACUGGUACAUAUUUAAAGAUAGUGAAGGGAAUGGCAGAGCUUUCGUGAGAUGGACAAAUGAAGCUGGGAGAUAAAACGUCUUCGUCUAAAAAACUAAACUAAGAUUUGAAGCUGCCAUGUCAUUAAAAACGAAUUCAUUCUUACUUUGUCCUGACGAGACAAACAACACUUGUGUGCAUGUGCCGUCAUCACAGCGGUCGAUGCCUCUUUCUAAAUUAUGUCCUGGACUGGCAUUAUCAAUCUGGCAUUAUCUUUGCAUUACUUUUUCUGAAUUUCAGCCAAAAAAAUUGCUGGCUUCCUGUGUAUCCUAUUUAAGAGAGCAUAUACCGUAGAGAUUAGUCUGGUAGAAGAUGCUAUAUGCACAUAGUCCAGUAGAAAAUUAACAUAUACCAAAUUCGGGACCACUCUUAACCUCAGUGUAGCCAAAGAUGUAUGGAUAAAUAUUAAUAAAUUAAAAAAUAAUAUUUAAAAA